UCUUAUUGCAAUGCUCACCAAACCCUUUUAAAUAUAAGCUCCUCCUUCCUCUCUUCUUCCACUCCCUCCUCACUCUCUCCCACUUCACUCUUUAAUUUCAGACCAACCCUUUUCUCCCACAAUUCUCUUCUGAUCAUUUCACCUUUGAAGUCUGCCUAUAAUCUUUGGAUCAUCCAAUUUGAAGGCUUGAAGCUCUCAAACCACAAAAAUUGCUUGUUGGGUAAUAAUUAUUUUCUCAAUCUCUUUACUUUUUCAUCUCACAAAAAAAUGUUGCAGCAGCAUCAAAGAAAGCCUUGUCCAAUAGAGCGCAGGCCUAGAAUGCUCCUCAAAGAUUUCCUCAAUGAGAAUUCUAACUCAUGUUCUUCAAGUGGAUUCAAAUCAUUCCCCAGAAAACAACCACCAUUCAAUCCCAGGAGUCCCCAGAAGAACCUCAUUGAAUUUGAUCCAAAACCAACAAGUUCAAACUCAAAAAAUAACCCCACCAUUACCAGCAAAUUACUCAGAAGCAGAUCAAAGGCAGCCUGCACCACAAUCUCAGCCUUCCAGUCCCUCAUGAAUGCAGUUAAAAACAUCCCUACCACGGUAAAAUCUCCCUCCUUUUUACCUCGAAGCCUCUCAAGGAGGCUGCUGCAGUCAAAAUUUCAGAGCUCAUCAAGGAAGCAGCGUCAAAACCAAGUCCAAAUUACUGUGAGAGUCAAGGACAUCAUACGGUGGACAUCGUUCCGCGAUGAAAUGUUACCUCCACCUCCACCGUUGGAUUAUGCUUCUUCACCUCUCCAUUGUACCACAAGCACCACCAUAACAGGGUCCACAACUACCACUUGUACAACUUGUAGCAGCAGCAGUAGUGGGUCAAGCUGGUGUGACAGUGAUUUUACCGCAGAGUUUUUACAGUCAUGGGUUUGUAGUAAGUCUGACCCUCAAGCUGAUGAGGACGGUGGUAAAAAAUAUUUACCAUGUGUCGGCAAGGAUUUCACGGAGGAGGAGGCAUCAACGACAGGGACAGGAAGUUGCAAUAUUGCUUUGGGACCCCAGCAGGUUGAGGUGCUGCUGGGUGAUGAAGAUGAACAGCACAGCCCAGUUUCAGUGCUUGAUUUUCAAUUUGGGGAAGAUGAAGAAGAUUCAUUUUCAAGUACUUUUGAUCAAAGCCUUGCCAAUGUGGGUGAUGAAGAUGAAGAAAUGGCCAUGGAGCUGUUGAAUUAUGUCAAAGCAACUAGCUCAUCACCAGACAGCUGUGAGGAAGGCCAUUUGGAAGAUAAACUGCUGUUGGAUUUCUUUAGAGAAGAAAUGAGUGUCCAAAGAAAUCAAACUGAUGAUGGAUUUCAAUGGGAGAUGGUGAGCAAAGCAAAAGCUUGGGUGAGUGGAGAACACAAUGAACUUGAGUGGGGGCUAGAGCACAAGAAGGAAGCUUGUGUUAGAGACAUGCAUAAAGAAGGGAGGUGGAACAAGUUUGAGUAUGAGCAAGAGGAGCUGGCUUUAGAAAUUGAGACUGCCAUGUCAGAUUUCUUGAUGGAGGAGCUUCUGGUUGAUCUCUUAUCAAGAUAAAGUUCUUUAUUUUUUUCCAUCAAAUGGCUCUCAAGUCUCAACCUUGUCACUCAAUUUGGGUCCCCAUUGGCAUAGUGGAAAUUUGGGUGUCUGAAGGCAGAACAUUGCAUUAGUGAAGUAGUCUGUGAAAUGGCCCAAAAUAAAGCCAUGAAUGAGACAUGUGUUAUGAUGAUAUAUAGAUAGGAGCAGUAUCUAAUUGUGGCCAUUGGCUAAAGAUGCGGAUAGAGUGGAUAUAUGAGUUUAAAGUGAGCAUCAGUUUGUAUCUCUGAGAAUUUCAUCUUUUGGCUUGUAAAGAUAGGAUGAACAAGAAUUUGGGAGUGAGAGGCAUAACUUGUGCCCACUUUUUGUAGGGUCUGAUGUUAAACAUUUGUGAAAAUAAAUAAACACAUAUAUAAUAAGAAGGAAAUUUAAACA